AUGUCCUACAGAUUCCUCAUGAAAUGCGCCAACGAAACGGUCACCAUUGAACUCAAAAACGGCACCAUCGUCCACGGUACCAUCACAUCCGUCUCGCCACAGAUGAACACGGCCCUGCGCGCCGUCAAGAUGACGACCAAAAACCGAUCGAGCCCCUCAGCACCAGGCGAAACCAUUUCCCUCGACACGAUCAACAUCCGCGGCUCGACGAUUAGAUAUUUCAUCUUGCCGGACUCGUUACCGCUGGACACGCUGUUGAUCGACGACCAGCCUAAGCCGAAGAACAAGGCGAGAAAGGAAGGCGAUGGUGCUGCUCGUGGUCGUGGAAGGGGAAUGGGUCGUGGUCGUGGUAGAGGUGGUGGUCGCGGCAGGGGGAGAGGGAGAGGGUUUUAA